AUGUUUUUUUUGAACCCGUCGCCGUUGGUUUUCGUCGAGUAUUGGACGGCCAUUUGCUUGGCGGCCGCGGUCUGCGGGUUUCCCGGACGGUGUCCGGUCGGGGACGGCGAAAACGGCGCGGUAAACGAUCGCGACCCGGACCUGGGAACGGCCGAACAGCCGGACGGACACGCGAAACCGCCAAAGACGGGCGGUCCGUCCUGGCGGCCGGUCUCGGAAUACCGCGACGGCGACGGCCGGAAAGAGCGGUACGCGGUGGCGAAAUUAUCCGGACAUUCGGAGUUGAUCGACGGGUUUUUCCACGUAGACCGCCGGCCGUCGGACAAGACGCAGCGGGGCGGCCGCCACCGCACGACCGUCGGCCCGAACAACGCGACCCGGGGCGGGAAAAACGUCGACCGGAGUGAUCCGCGGACGGCGACGGCGGCGACGACGGCGGCCACUCCCGGCCCGGGGCAAAACCGGCUGUUCGGCAACGAAAACGAGUGCGUUUCGGCCAGUGACGGGCGACCGUGCGUGUGCUACACGACGGACUUUUUGGACUCGGUCACCGGGCUGCUGUUGGACGAGAUGACGCUGGUCCAAGACGACACGGCGGCCGCGGUGGCCACGUUCGCGUGUCCGACGUACAAAGCCGUCCCGCCGGCGUUUGUCGUUUCCCCUCCGCGGCCGCCCGAAACCGUCGAAACGACCGCCGCCGCCCUGGUCCCGGAACGGAGCGGCGACGGGAACGAAACCGCGGCCCCCGCGCGGAAAGAAGUGGAUUUCGAUUAUGUCGUCAACUACCUGCUGGACAAGCCCAAAAACGGUGAGUAAUAUUUUUUACCCAGAAGUGAGAAACGCAAAGGUCGGUACUGAGCUGCGGACGGGUGUGCCGCCGUUUUAGCAGUUUUUUAAUAUUUGAAAAUCAAACGCGGGUAGCGGUUUUAUACCCCCCCCCUCCCCCCCCUGAAAAUAAGGUUAUUGCAGAAAAUAACGUAAACAUAAAAUUGCAGAGCCGCUUGUUUCUUAAAUGCUCUAGAAAACAAAUUCCGGAAAAAGUUAACACUUUCCGAGAUUAACGAUUGUGCCCACCCACUCAAAUGGAUCGCUCGGUGCAUAUAAAUUAUUCGUUCAUUUCUCUAUUUACCAGUAUUGACCGUUUAGUAAUUGUGUUUUAUGGAUUUCGCCCUUCCAGUCACUUCACCGCCGCCAGUAGGUGAUAGCAUAUACGAGUGCGCUACGAGUUCGUAUAUUUAUAUUAGAACUCAACGAUAUAGGCGCGUGUAUAUUAUGACGCACGACGGCCAUUAAACGUCUUAAUAUUUUAUGAUUAUUGUUCAGAUCGCCUCAGAGUACACUACGGUCUGUUGGGAAACGUCGUUAAAAUUCGGUGCGCGGACAAUAGCACGGGAAUAUACGCGGUUAAAUGGGACUAUAAUAAAGACAAAAUCAAUUCUAGUAAGAUUGUUUAUUGAACUAUCUGUUACGGCCCGCGGACGCCGUGCAAUAUAAUGUUGUCCGAUGUAAUUGAUCAAACGAGAACUCAAAACCCACGCGGUCCGCAGAGUUCGGUGUCGAAACCCGCACAAACGGCUACAUCCGGGUUUAAUUCAGACCCGUGCGUGUGGGUUUUGAAAUGAACUGAUUACAGGAUCAGAUUCACCUGCAAAAGGCCUAUUAUCACCACAGUGUCGCAAAAUAAUUUCUCGAUUUUUCGGAACGUGUGCAUUUUGAUUCUAGUCCGUUCGAUUGCGCUUUAACAUACCAGGUGAUCCAUUUAUGUGUGUGGGUACACACAUCACCUCGGAGAGUAUCGACUUUUAUCGGAAUUUGUUUUUCAAAACAUUUAAGAAACAAGCGGGCACUACAAUUUUAUGUGUACGUUAUUUUUUGUCACCCUUAUUUUCGGGAAUAAAACCACUACCUACUUUUGAUUUUCAAAUAGCAACCUAUGUUAAAAACUUAGCAUUAUAAACACGCCACGUGCCGUACAUUCACACGAAUGAUACUCCACUACUCUGCUUUAGCUCAAACAUAAAAGUGGGAUACAUCGUAAACGGCUUGACAACAAUCGAAAAUUUCAGCACUAAAAUUUAUUUGAACUAAUACUUCGUUCAUUUGUAGAAUUUGUAAUAUGGGUUACACCAUUUUAAAAUCAAAAUUGAUACCCCCAAAAAUAAGGACGACAAAAAAAUAACAUAAAUACAAAACUGUAGAACAGCUUGUUUCUUAAAUGUUCUAGAAAACAAAUUCCGGAAAAAGUUAACACAUUCCGAGAUGAUGAGUGUACCCACUUAAAUGGAUCACCUGGUACGUAUAGUAGACUAAGGUUUAAUUCAACAUUAUUUUAUUCUCAGAUGCUACGAUCGUCAUUUCAGAUACGAAUAAUCUGAUGAUUUCGAAACUGGAACCGGAAAACAGUAUAAAUUACACUUGCGUAACAAUGACGGAAGCGGUCAAGGGAUUAAAAAUCCCCCAAAAAAGAUACACUCAUUACGUUAUUGGUACUAUAAGUUAUUAUUCUAUAAAGUGAUCGGUCGUUAUGAAUUUUUUCCGAUAUAUUCCGACAUUUUUUACCGAUAUACCAGUCAGGGGCGAUCAUCAGUCAGGAGGAGGGGUGACACCCGCCUCUUCUAAAGUCUGCAACUGUAUUUUUCAGUCGGCGUAUUAUAGCUAUUCACAAGACCUAUAAUACCUAAAAUUUUAAUAUUUUUAUUUGUACUUAUUUCCUUGAAUUAACGAUUGUUGUAAAUCGACUAAUGUAUUGGUUUUACAAUGAUGCUUAUAUUUUAAUUUUUUUUUUUUUCUUUGAAUAACUUUUCUACUAGAAAUUUCACUCUAAUUUUCAAAUGUAGCAUUUUUUUCUGAAAUUAACUCCAACUGGGAUGGUACUUUAUAAGGAAGUCAUUUUUUAAUUUUUUCAACAGAGAUUUCCUCAAUAAAUGGGAAAAACCGGGAAAAAACGUAGGAAUAACGGGAAAAUGUACGAAAUGUAUUAUUUUCGAAUCGUAAAUAUUAUGGCCUUUUAAAACACGUAUAACCGGACUCCGCUCAGAAUCGCGAAGCUUAAUCAUUGCGUACAGAUAUACAUUAAUUUUCCCUCAAUAUCCUACCUCCUAACUUCUCACCUACAACAGUGAUCCGACCAUCCAUCGUGCAGGGUAUGUCCGUCAUUUUUAAUGUUUGAAUGCCAUGUGUGUAUUUUCGUAGUACCUUUAUAAUAUUGUGAUUUCCUGUUUUCUUUUGUUAAUUCAUCAAAUAUAAAUUUGAAUUCAAAAAAUAAAAAUCGUAGGAAUACGAUGUAGUUAAAAAAAACAAAAAUGUCGAGGGGUCAGAUAUCUUCCUAAUUCUCCUUAUUUUAAAUGUACUACAGAUUUUAUCACGAGCUACGGCAUAUAGCGGGCUGCAUUUCCUUUGCACAAUUGCAUCAUAAGCAUAAAAUAGAUCUUAUAUUGAUGUGUCACAAUCUAACAACUAGGCUAAACUUGCGUGUUUAUUAUAUUUAGCCAUCGACAAACCCAUUUACGAGAUCAAGGGUACAGCAUUUUACAAAGCCAAUGGUGGUGGCGGUUGUGCAAGAGAAAUAAUCGGUCCAAUGAUAAAACAGCUACCGGGUUUAGUGCAAACGGAAGUAUGUCCCGAAGGAUCGUCACGGUACGCGUGUAACGUUGAUGUGGAGUCGUCAAAAUGUUCUGAAAAUGAAGUAUACUGAUUUUUCUUCCCCCCCUCCAUAUUAUAUAAUUAAUAGUUUAUAAUAUUAGAUUCAAAUGCAGCAGUGGUAGAUUUUAAAAAAUAAAAGAAGAGAUUAAAAAAAAAUUAGUUCAAUUAUUGAACUAAACCUAAUCCAUAAGACGGUUUCGCCCAAACACCGCUCUUACACUGAUUUCCAAACGCAAUUUAAUAAUUAACAAUUAAUAAGGAGUAAAAAACUAAUAAAACUACUAUAAGCUAAAUUUUCACUUACAUAUUUAUGUAUUUAAAAUUCUGAGCAUAGCGAGAAAUGUGUUGGCUUGGCUACAUCAUAUGUGUUUUUUCGAUUUUUGUUUCUUUCUGUAAACAACUUGUCUACUAGAAACAUUGUUCAUCAUCAAUUUUUAUGUAUGGUUUCUGGUAAAAAAAUUGUAUUCAAUUGGCGUAAUUUUAUUUUCUCGUAGUUUGCUUAACAAUGCGGAAACAAGCAAACAGCUUCUAUUCUAUUCAAUUUGUUUUUUUCUUGUAAUUCAGUGUAAAAUAAUCAUAUAAACCGGAAAUUUCACCAAAUACUUUACCAAAUUUACUUUCCACUAACCGACCUUUUCCAGACAUGGUACCGUUUACAAAAUAUUUAAGCAAUGUAUGAGCUUUUUAUAGCAAUUUGAAACUAUCGAAAUUUUCAUUUUUUAUGUGGUUUUUAUAACUAAAAUAUUGCUUUGGCUCAGCGGAAAUGUUCGAAAAUUUAACACAAUACUUAUCGCGCAUUAAAUUGAGUGGUGAAAAAGAGAAAAUAGCAAAGGCACGCUAAAAUUUCUGAAAAAUAUGUUUAGGUACUUACAGGUCUCCCUGCGUACUCUUAAGUCGGGCACUAAGGUUGAGUUCAAUUAUUGGAGACUGUCAAUGAAUUUUACAAUUUAUUUGAGUAUAGCGCUUAGGUAUCUUAGGAACGAAAUGUGCAUACGUCUUAGUCUGGAUGUAAAAGACGAAAAAAACUAAUUAAUGGCAACUAAGAUAGUCUAAAUAAUAUUAUAUUGCAGUUUAAAUUAAUACAAAUGAACUAUUUCGAAAUUUUAAAAGUAUUUUUUAUGCUAUACAGGGACAAACUUUUGUUAUAUGGUUCAUGAACAUUAACCGUAAAGACAGUGUAUAAUAAAAUAUAUCUAAGCAAUAAGUACCGUAGACUCGGUGCAACAACACAAAUGUUCAGCUGAAAAGAUAACCUAUAAAUAAAAUAUCUAUAGGGCUUAUCUAUUUUUUUUCCCAGAAUUUGGAUAAAUCCAGACAAGUCCACAUCACUAUUUUCCCCGUAUCUAUUUGACAGACUUCAUAAUUUAGAAAUUUUCGGUCUAAUCGGAAUCAUCGAAAAUUAAUUUUCGAAAAAAAUCAGUGUCACCCGGCUGUUGCACCGAGUCCUCUCCAUUUAAACAUACCAUUUUGUAAUUUUUGCGUGAUACCGCGUAUUGAUAUUCAGCAGAGUUUGUUGGAAGUCAACUAUGUGGUCAGGUUGAACGACAAAGCUAAUUACUUGGUUCGGAUCAAAACCAGCAAAAAAGGUCGGAACGCCUUGUUCUACCAAAAACUACUGGCGAGAAUAUCGAACGUUUUUGUUGAAAACCUAAAAAGGACAUUGGCGGUUAAAGGUGAAUAACAAUCUAUUGCCUGCCGUCAAAAUAUAAAAAUAAAUCAUAUUGAAUAAAACUUAUUUUCAUUUUCACUAUAUUAUUGUUGUUGUUAUUAUUAUUAUUUUUUUUUUUUUUUUUUUAGUAUUGUCAAAAUAUUCGUCGAUCGACACGAUUUUCGAAUCGGAUCGCGUGCGGACGACCGUGAAAACGUUCGUCUCCUGUGGGCCGGGUUUCGGAAUUCGGGAGGUGUUCUGUAGCGCUUGCCCCCCGCAUCACUAUAGCCCGGAUAAAUCGGUCGACUGUUUGAAAUGCAACAAAGGUUUUCAUCAGCCGGUCGCCGGGUCUGUGAACUGUGUCAAGUGUCCGAACCGUUUCGCCAGUGGUUGUUACGUGGUAAGCAUUAAAAAUGAUUAUUAUCCAUAGAGUACUGGAGUGUAACUAUGAGUAGACCGGGUUGGGCAGUAUUUUCGAUAAAUGUAUCUCAGAUUCAAUUAUUGUGUCUUGCAUCAGUUGUAUCCAGUGUCGCGACACAAAAAUAAAUGUAUAGGUUAUCAACAUACACAUUCUGAAGUGUCCUGUCCAUAAUUUCCCGAAGAAGUGUCAAUCUGGGUAUUGAUCCUCGUUUUUUCGAAAAUUAAAUUAAACAUCGAAUGCGAUUGUACACAAAUAAGAAGAGUCAUUGGAAAUUGUCUAAAAAUGUUUCAAAUAAAUAACCACCGCACGAUACCGCAUACACGACUAGAGCUACGCAAUCAAUGACAGGGGGCUAUUUACUUAAUUUAAUAAUACACAAUAGCAUCUAAAAAUUAACCGUGUUGAAUGUUUUAAAUAUUAUAAAUUUGUGUCAUAAAACUAAAAUCGCUUAUAUGUUAAUUGUACAGCUUAAGGUCACGAUAUCGGUUCUGCUAUUACACACUUAGAUGACUAAGUGUGUCAUAUUAAAAAUUAUGUGCCUAGAGUUAUACUUAGGGAUAAUCUGGCCCUUUUUUUUUAUUCGUAUAUAAAUACUGAAAAUCAACGGAUCAACUAUCACCGAGUAUCUAAAUACUCAGUUUUAAGUAUCUCGACUGUUCUUAUAAGUGGGUAUUAUACAGGCUUUAAUUAAGAUUACUGUUUUUUCGGUAUUCAAUAGGUGUUAUAAGAUCUUACGUUCCAACACUGAUAGAACCCAUAGGUUAUAUUGAAAGUUACUCAAGUAUAAUAUUAUCGUACAUUUAAUUAUAAAUAUUUCCGUAUGAAUUCGUAUACGAAAAAGGACGUUUGUGAUAUUCCAGCACUAAUAUUACUGUGUUGCUGUAUUAUUAUCUAUUAUUAUGUACCUACGUCAUGUUUGCGCAGAGCCAAAUUCCUAAGCGCACUUACUACGUAUCGGCUGCCAUCUGUCUGACGGUUUGCUUGUUAAUAGCCGCAGUGGUUUGCGUGUGUUGCUGUCACAAAACAAAUGAAACAAGUAACUCGCUUUGGUCUAUAAUAGUAAUUUUUUCGAAUUUAUCCACGAAAAAAAUAUAUGAUGUUCUAGCCAUGCGGACGAUUCAGACGAAAAUCAAAAACAAAUUUAAAAGACCUAAGAAACGCGUUUUGCUGCCCGCAGGUGAGGAAUCGAACAAUUCGAGAAGCGAUACCGACGAAACAAGUAACACGCCUUGGGGGAUGAUAAUGGUAUUUAGUUAAAUUAACCUAUCCGCAAACGAAAAUAUUAUAAUUUUCUAGUCAUAGAGUCGAUACGGAGAAAUGUCAAAAAAAAAUUUAGAAAAUCUAAAAAACGCGAAUUGCUGGUCACAGACGGGACAUCGGACGAUUCGAAAAGCAGUGGCAGCUCGGCCGUACGGCGACAAUACAACAAAUUUUUAAAGUUUAUAAAAAAAUCCAAACGCAAAGUAUCGAAUCCGAAUGUACCGUUCCACGUUUUGCACGAGAAUUAUGGCCGAUCCAUACCCGCGGUAGACGCACGAAGAGCUGAGCAUUAUAAUUGA